GAGUUCAGCUGCUGCAGCACCCAGCCCAGGGCCAGCCACGGUAUGCAGUGCCUGAAAACCAAGAGGGAUCCUAUUCAGUGCUGAACCGAGGUGUGGUCUAUGACUGGGAUGCACUAGAGGUGCUAUGGCAGCACCUGUUCUAUUGCAGGCUGGGUGUGCAGCCCGAGAAGUUGGCUGUGCUCGUAGCCGACUCACCCAUCUUACCACACACCAACCGAGAAAAGGUGGCUGAAAUACUCUUUGAGCAUUUCCAUGUCCCAGCCAUGCAGACAGUGCAUCAGGCCCUGCUGGCGCUCUAUGCUUAUGGACGUACCACUGGGCUGGUGCUGGGCAGUGGCCAUGGCACUUCCUAGGUGGCACCCAUCCUCACUGGGGAUCUGGCCCCACUUGACACCUACUGGCUGGAUGUGGCUGGUGCUGACCUUACUGACUACUUGGCCCAGCUGCUGCAGAGAAGUGGCCACUCACUGCCCCAGGCAGGACUGAUCAACCAGAUGAAAGAGGCCUGCUGCUACGUGGCCAUGGAUGUGGCAGCUGAGAUGGCCCAAACCCAGGCGCAGGCCCAGGUGGACUUUGUGCUUCCAGACAAGCAGGUUAUCACGCUGGGGCCUGAGCGCUUCUGCUGCCCCGAGGCCCUCUUCCAACCCAAUCUGAUAGGUCUCAACCAGCCGGGCCUUCCACAGCUGGCCCUCCUAAGCAUCAGCCGGUUGGAGGCCAUGCAGCAGGAGCAGCUACUGGCCAAUGUGGUACUGGACGGUGGCAGCACACUCCUUUGGUGGGAGCCAGAACUAUGAACUUGGGCC